AGCGUCAUAGUGACGUGUUUUUCAGUGGACAAGAGGAGGCUGGUUUGAAAGCAAACAAAUUGUCGGGAUGUGAAAUACUUCAGAACUAUUGAACACAUUUAAGAAGAUAGACGCGGACGAUCCACGGAAAUAUGACACCUUACCUCCAAGCAUUGUAGACGCAAAAUACAUGUUUGCACCAGUGUUAGCUUGCUAGUUAGCUAGCCAGGCAAACAAACCCAAAAAAAUGGCGAGUGUACAUGAAAGUUUGUAUUUUAACCCGAUGAUGACCAACGGUGUUGUUCACGCCAACGUGUUCGGCAUCAAAGACUGGGUGACUCCUUAUAAAAUCUCCGUCCUGGCGUUGCUGUACGAGAUGACGUCAUCGAAGAUCAUAACACUUCCGGAAAGAAGACGACUUAACAAGCUCAUCUUACCUUUGCAGCAGAGCUCAGAUCGGACUCUUGGCCAGUUCCUCAAGACUGUGGAGGAGUGUUGCCCUGAAACGGCAUAUUCCGUCAAAAUCAGGCUCCAUGAAAUGGUAGAUGGCGAGCUUAAAGACAUGGAACACUUCUUCUCGACUCUUCCCACUCCUUUCACAACUUUUGAUUCAGAGGCGUACAAAACCAGUGUUGUGGGUCUCUUCAUGAGACACAUGCUGCUGGCCUACAACAAGCUUUCCUUCAGUCAGGUGUACAAGCUGUACAAGUCCCUGCAGCAUUAUUACCACAGCCACUACCCCAAGCCCACUGAGGGCCAGGUGAGUUUGAUGGAAAUGGCUGUGGAUGACUGCGAUAUGGACCUCACCAGCGCUGAAGAUACGGUUGGUGACCGAACUGAGGCGGGGGACAUCCCUUUUGACCAAUCAGAAAUCCGGGAGGAAAACACUCCAAGUCGAGGUCCCCUGUCACAAAAGCAAGCAGAGUACUUUCUUGCACGACAGGCGUACCUUCUGAAGAAUGAUGAAAACAAAGCCCUGAAGCCUGCUGUGCUGCAGGAGGAGCUCAACAACAUGCUCAAGUUCAACCCAGACUUUGCUGAGGCGCAUUACUUGAACUAUCUGAACAGCAUCAGAGUGCAGGACAUCUUCCUCUCCGCCCAUAGUCUCUUACAUUACUUUGACCGCCUCAUCUUGUCUGGGAAUGAGGGGAAGAGCAACGGAGAUGAAGGUUAUGGCAGAAGUCUCCGCUACGCUGCUCUCAACUUAGCCAGCCUUCAUUGUCGCUUUGGACACUACUUGCAGGCUGAUUUAGCUCUGCAGGAGGCCAUCCGCAUCGCCCAGGAGUCCAAUGAUCACGUCUGCUUGCAGCAUUGUUUGAGUUGGCUCUACACACUGGAACAGAUGAAAGGAUCAGACACCACUGGGUUGACAUUGGAUUCUGUCAAAACCGCUGCUCAUUUCUGCCUGCCGUACCUGGCUUCUCUGCGCAUCCAGUCUUUGGUCCAGCAGAGGACCACGCAGGGUAAAACGGCCAUGGAGGCCCUGAAGGACGCAGACAUCCUGCACUGGAAGCACAGCUUGUCGGAGCUGAUCGAGAUCAGCUUGGCUCAGACCACGUCCAUAUGGAAGAUGUAUGGCAAGAGCACCAUGGCUCUGCAGCAGGCCCAGCUGCUUCUCCACAUGAGCAGCCUCGAGCCGGUCAAUUACGGGGUCCAGCAGAAUAAUACUGAGGCUUUUGCCGUGGCGCUCUGCCAUCUGGCUGAGUUGCACGCUGAGCAGGGCCUGUAUGGGGCUGUUGCUGACAUCCUACAGCAUCUUAAAGAUCAGUUUCCUGCUCAUACUCAGCAUGCCAAGCUCUGGAUGCUGAGUGACAUAAAAAUCCAAUUUGAGAGGCACAUGGUCGAAGGAAAGUACAAUUUGGCCGAACAACUGGUCCCGUCUAUUUCUGCUUUAAACAAAACAGAGGGUCUCUACAGGAAAGUCUGUGUCCUUAAAGUUCUGAGUCGGACCACUGAGGCUUACAGCAUCUUGCAGCGACUGCAGGCGCAUUGCGAGAAGAAUAAAUGCACAGAGACAGUCAUCAGAGUUCUGCUUUCAACAGCUGAGCUCCACUGGGAGUCAUCCGACUUUUCCACAGCACUUCCUCUCCUCUUCCAGGCCUUGGCUCUGGCCCGGCAGCACCACCUCCAGUCCCUGGCCUCAGAGACCCUCCUGCACCUGGCCUUCACUCAGUUGAUGUUGGGGGUCCCCGAGCAGGCUCUUCUGGUCCUGCAUGAAGCCAUCGAGCCCAUUCUGGCACACGGCGCCCUGGUAGACAAAGGGCGGGCCCUGUUGCUGGCAGCCCGCUGUCAGAUGGCGCUUGCUGGGUUCAGGCCACACCAACAAGGGCAAGCAGAUUUGUGCGGUGUUGUCUCGGCUCUAGACAUGUUAAAUGAGGCUGCAGUCUAUUUUUCCAAACUCAACUGCAAGGAGCGCCUGCGAGACGUUCACUACCUGCAAGCUCAGCUCUACCAUUGUCUGGGACAAACGUCACAGCGCAACAAAAGUACCAUGCUCUUCCGCCUGCAGGACCAGGAGUUACAGUCCCCAGCUGCCUCACUCUCCAUGCGCCUCUAAGUCACACCACUAGAUGGCACUCAGACUCAAAACCUCUUUUGAGAAACUGCUUUAAUCCAGCCAUCCAUCCAUUUCCACCCCUUGUCCCUUUUGGUGUUGCAGGGGGUGUUGGAGUCCAUCUCAGCUGCAUCUUGUUUUGAAAUAAAUAUGAGGCAGUGCUUCAGUUGUGAGUAGAAGAAGACAAGGUCCACUUCCUCUUUAAUGGUGGACAGUCAGAGUUGUACAUGAUGGCUUGUGGAUAAACAACACGACUUAAUAGCUUGCAAACAACAGCAGCCUUGCUUUGUCAGACCAACUUUAUCAGCAGCUGUCAUGCUGCCGGGUUUUCGGGGCACGCUUAUUGAUGAAUGAAGGUAAUCAUGCCGGGCCGGCAGAUUCAUGGAGCGCCCGCAGAAUACUGAUGCUGUGUCCGCAGGAGGAAAUAGUCAUCCCAUUUAUAAUGUAGAGAACAUGACAUAAGAGCAGACGCUGGGUCUGGAUUGCUCUUAACUCUUUGUGUGAGGGCGAUUUGUGAUGAUAAUAACUAUGUUUUAUCACAGGACUCUUGUAGUUAUAUUGAGUGUCUUCUUUUGAAAAUAUAGUUUAAUCUUAUACUUUGUUUUCAUUAGUCUAACAAUAAAUUGUGUGGAGAACUUUGGCAGAUUUGUGCAUUCAAAGCCAUCCUUUCUGUUUA